AUGACUACAAGACCAUUCCAACAGAAUAAUAACUUGUUGAAUAUAAACAAUGGAAGACAAUCAGUGAUUGGUACAGCACCAAUCAAACCGAUUGGUAUCAUUGGUACACUUACAACACCAAUGCAGACACCUAGAAACAAUCCCAGUGCACCAAAGAUAUCACUGGCUCCAAUACCAAUGGGUCCACUCACCUCUAGUAUCAACAAUGGUUCAGUCUAUGCCAACAACAAUGUAUUGCCAAUGCCAAUCUCCACUCCAGCCAACCCAAACUACAACCACAACAACAAUGUUGGCAAUACUGUUAACAGGACUUCAACUGCAGCACCUACCACAACAACGUCAACAACAAAUAGAUAUAGUGCUGCAGCACAACCACAACAACAACAACAAUCAAUCGUCAAUAUCAACACAAACAAGAUGAGCCUUGGAGCGACGAUGCCCAACAAGAAGUCAAUGCCAAGUCAAUCGAUCAGACCAAGCACGAUUAGGUCAGAGAGCAGACCGAUCAAUGACAAGGCCUUCCAGAGCCAGUGCAUCACGCGUCUGCUGAGCUUCCUGCUCAAGAACAACUACCCCAAUCAGAUCGCAAGGAAGGCCCUGACAGCGCCCUCGGUCAAGGACUUUUACAGCAUCUGCGAGUUCCUCUUCCACCAGAUCGACGACACGUUCAAGUUCUCUGCCCAGAAGCCUGAGGAUGACCUGGCCGCCUUCUUCAAGUCCAUGCGCUACCCCAUCGCCAUCGCCAAGCGCAACCUGGCGUCGGUCGGAAACCCCGUGACGUGGCCCCCCAUGCUGGCCGCGCUCACCUGGCUCGUUGAGGUGAUUGAGUACGACACUGAGUACUCCCAUGCCGAGGAGCAAGAGAUUGGAGACGAUGUGGUCUUUAAUCGCGCGUUCAAUCAAGAGGUGCUCAAGUCCUAUCAGGACUUUUUGAAGGGUGCCGACAACGAAUUGACCGUGGACAACUUCCUGGAACAGCAUCACAGCUCGCGCGACGCCCAACUCCAGCUGGAGAUCAGCCAGAUGCAGGCCAUCCAGGAGGCCGAGCGACAAGAGAUCGACAUGCUCAACAGCAAGCCCAACAACAUCGGAGAGCUGAGCCAGUCGCGCAAAUUUGUCAUGGAGGACAUUGCCAAGUUUGUCAACAUUGUGGCCGAUCACCACAAGUACAAGGCCGAUGCGGAGGCCAUCAUCAAGCAGCACCAGGCAGAACUGGCGCGUCUGGAGGAGGAGCUGCGCGACGUUGAGCAGCGCAAGCAUUCACUCGACUCAAUCGUGAGCGAGCAGCAAAAGAGCAGCGUCGAUGCCAAGCUCAUCAACCAACGACGUGUGCAACUCCAGGACGAGAUCUCCAAGGCGGGCACCGAGAAGAAGAGAUUGCUGCGCUCCAAGGCCGAGAAGUUGGCCGAGAUUGAGAAGUUGGUGUCAAGUAUACGCAAUCUCAUCAUGGGCUACAAUGAUCAUCUCAACUCAAUUGGACUGCUCAACACAUCCUCGUCAUCAUCAUCAAUGUCGUCGUCCACUCAAUCAGAGGAUGUCAACAUGGAUAGCAGUACUGCUGGCAAACACUCAUCGUCAAGCUACAACAUACAGUUCACAACCAAUGGUGAAGGAGAUGUUACUAUCACUGACCUCAAGAAGAUAAGGAAACUUCUCAAGACAUAUAUUGAGGAGCAGUACGAGAAGACAAAUGCAAAGGAGGAGGAGAUAACAAACAAGAGGAAUGAGAUCAAGCAGUUGGACGACAAUAUUGCAGACAGUCAGAUGUUGAAGAAGAGAUCCGAGCAGAAGUUGUCAUCGUUGGAGAGCGCCUGCAAGAGUGAGAAGGAGAAGCUGGACAAGGAGCUCGAGCACUUGAUGAAGAGAGUGGAGGUGCGCCAACAGGACAACAAACAACUCAAAGACAAUCUCAAGAUGGACUUGGAGCACAAGAGUCGCCAGCUGGACGAGAGCCAGGCGCAUUACGAGCACCAGAAGCAACUGAUGGACAAGUCACUGUUGGAGCUCAAGGACCAACUGGUCAAGUUUAUGGAUCAUGCCGCCGCACACCAACAAGCCAUCAGCCAGACCUCCACGGCUCUGGUCUCCAGCAUGAACAAAUCAUACGAGCAGCACAAGUGA